UACUGUUGCAUCGGUAAUAACAGCAGCACACUGACUGAAGACAGCAGCGUCUCGCAACUCCGAGCGGAGGAAUAUCAACAGCGCGUGUUGUGCGUUUGUUUUUAGCGCUUUUUUAAACCACUGACUCGUAAACACGCCAAACUUUGCAUCCGCGAAGGAGAUACAUUCGCUUCUUUUGAUUCUUUUAUACUUGGACUCGGCUCUCCCAAACAAACGGACAUCAACUGAAAGUUUCCCCUCAGGGAUGAGACCUGGUAUGGCCGUUGCUCAUAGCGCAGCAGGAGUACUCUGAAACCAAGGCGAAAGCGGUAUUAAGUCAUGAUGCAGGAGUCGGCCAAUGAGACAAUAAGCAACAGUUCAAUGAGUCAAAAUGGAAUGAGCAGCCUAAGCAGCCAAUUAGAUGCUGGCAGUAGAGAUGGAAGAUCAAGUGGGGAGACGAGCAGUGAAGUAAGCGCAGUCGAGCUGCUGCAUCUGCAACAACAGCAGGCCCUACAAGCAGCAAGGCAAUUACUCCUACAGCAACCAGGCAGUGGCCUGAAAUCUCCAAAGAACAACGACAAACAGCGUCUGUUGCAGGUGCCAGUGUCUGUGGCAAUGAUGAGUCCACAGGUGAUCACACCCCAACAGAUGCAGCAGAUCCUUCAACAGCAGGUCCUUUCCCCCCAACAGCUCCAAGCCCUCCUACAACAACAACAAGCAGUCAUGCUUCAGCAGCAACACCUGCAAGAGUUUUAUAAGAAACAACAGGAGCAACUCCAUCUACAGCUUUUGCAGCAACAGCACCCAGGAAAACAAGUGAAAGAGCAACAGCAGCAGCAGCAGCAGCAGCAGCAGUUGGCGGCACAGCAGCUGGUCUUUCAGCAGCAGCUCUUACAAAUGCAGCAACUGCAGCAGCAGCAGCACCUGCUCAACAUGCAGAGGCAGGGCCUCCUCUCUCUGCCCCCCGGCCCAGGACAGCCCACCCUCCCCGGACAGACUCUGCCGCCAGCUGGUCUGAGCCCCGCCGAACUCCAGCAACUUUGGAAAGACGUCACCAGUAGCCAUGCCAUGGAGGACAAUGGGCUAAAACAUAGCGGCCUGGACUUGAGCACCACCAACAACUCGUCCACUACCUCCACCAGCAACCCCAAAGCUUCUCCGCCCAUCACCCAUCACUGCAUCUCCAACGGCCAGUCCCCGGCCCUCAACAACCGGAGAGAGAGUUCGCUGCAUGAAGAGACCGGAGCAUCACACUCCCUCUAUGGUCAUGGAGUGUGCAAGUGGCCAGGAUGUGAAAGUAUUUGUGACGACUUUGGACAGUUUUUGAAGCACCUUAACAAUGAACACGCUCUGGACGACAGGAGUACCGCCCAGUGCCGAGUACAGAUGCAGGUGGUACAACAGCUAGAGAUACAGCUUUCUAAAGAACGUGAGCGUCUUCAGGCGAUGAUGGCACACUUGCACAUGAGGCCCUCAGAGCCCAAACCAUCACCAAAACCGCUGAAUCUUGUCUCCAGCGUCACCAUGUCAAAGAACCUCCCGUCUGUCUCACCCCCCAACUUACCUCAGACGCCCACCACGCCCACCGCUCCAGUCACGCCCCUUUCCCAGAUGCCCCAGGUGCCCAACGUCCUCAGUCCCGCCAAUGUGCCCAGCAUGGGCGCCAUGCGCAGACGCCACACCGACAAAUACUCCAUGCCCUUGUCCUCAGAGAUCGCCCCAAACUACGAGUUUUACAAGAACGCAGACGUCAGGCCGCCGUUUACUUAUGCAACCCUCAUCAGGCAGGCUGUCAUGGAGUCAGGUGACAUGCAGCUAACGCUCAACGAAAUCUACAGCUGGUUCACGCGCACCUUCGCCUACUUCAGACGCAAUGCCGCCACCUGGAAGGCUGCGUUGGCGGAGACCUCUUUGCCGCUGCUGGGUAAUCCAGGCUUGAUGAAUAGCGCGUCAGGUAUGAUGGGGGCGAGUCCUCCAGGACUGAUGAGCGGCAGCCCGACCGGCCUAUUACAGGGCAGCAUGCAUGAAGAUCUCAACGGCGCACCGUCAGGUAUGAUGGGGGCGAGUCCUCCAGGACUGAUGAGCGGCAGCCCGACCGGCCUAUUACAGGGCAGCAUGCAUGAAGAUCUCAACGGCACACUAGAUCACCUGGACACUAACGGACACAGCAGUCCCGGAUACUCCCCACACACCCAACUGCCUCUAAUUCACGUUAAGGAGGAGCCACUAAACAUGGACGACGAGGACUGUCCGAUGUCAUUGGUGACCACAGCCAAUCACAGUCCUGAGCUGGAUGAUGACCGGGAGCUUGAGGAGGGCAACCUAUCGGAGGAUCUGGAAUGACUAUUUUGCCCCACCCCUCCGCCGGGGCUCUGCCCCUUUCAGGCCCCGCCCCUCAACUAAUCCACAACCACCGCAAACGCAAAAAGACUGGAAGCAGCAGGCGGGAGUAUUUAUUUAGCAUGCAUCUGGAGACUGGCCCGAAGAAAAUCUAUAGC